AUGCUUGGCAGAAGAGAUGGCACGUUAAAUCCUAAUGGAAUUAGGUUUGGAAGUGCAGAGAUUUACAACAUUGUGGAAACUUUUCCUGAAGUUCAAGACUCUCUGUGUGUUGCUCAGCUAAUAGAACUAGAGGAGAGAGUUGUUUUGUUUUUGAAAAUGGUUGAAGGACACUCGUUCUCACAAGACUUGGUUAGUCGUGUUAAGGCAGCUAUUCGUACCCAACUGUCAGUUAGGCAUGUCCCUGGUGUUGUUCUGGAGACGACGUCCAUUCCUGUGAGUGUUCAUGUAGAAGUGAUGUUGGUGAUUAUGAUUUUCUUAUGUUUGCUUGUACGGUUAAUACACAGAAACAAAGACAUUGACUUCACAGUGAAAUGCAUCCCUGACAGAAGACUAAAGUUAUGUAUAACACAGUGA